GCCAGGGUGGGGUCAGUGUCUCUUUUUUCCUCUGAGAGGUGACGAGCCCUCACAAAACUUUCAGUCCUUCACUCCUUUAUUUUUUUUAUCGUCUCUCGUUUACACUGAUCGUUUUUUGUAGUCAUGACUAGCACCACUGCUUGCACACCUCCUCGCAGAUCUACUCUCUCUAUCAAGGAGUUCAGCCAUCUCAUCAGCGAGUCUCUCGACAUGUCGCAUUACUCGUCUCCGUAUAACUUAGAAAAACUUGGAAAUGGGAGCUCGGAAAAACGAAAGUCUUCACCCUUCCAGCGUGUCUUUUUGCGUCCAUCACCUGUCUCUACCUCCGCGGGAGACCGUUCUUCCCCCGAGAAGAACACAGAAGACACGCCAGCCACUCCGCGCAGAAUAGGUUUUCCCUGGCCCUUCUCUCGUGGCUCUCCUAGCAAGCGCUCUUUUCAUUACGAACCGAACGGCCCUGACAUGUCUAACGAACAAAAACCUCCGGACCCUGUAGAUACAUUGGAGGUCUACAGGGAAUCCCAUUUCGCAGCUUCUUCGAGUUCCCUCGUGGCAGGCUCAACAUCUAGUUUGGGGUCUCUCAUCCCUGCUAAUGAACUGCGUUUUUCGCCCACACCUCGAGACCACUCUUUUGACGACAGCCACCGCUCACUUAGAGAAUCCACUUCAUCUCCCAUCACCUUCGCUAGACCAAACUCGCCAGCGCGUACUACGGAUUAUGUCACCGCACCAGCUUUACAAUCACUCUAUGGUAAUAAAUCAUCUUCCGCCAGUAUCAGUUCAUCAGGUACCGAAGUAGUGGAAAUUGGCAUCGCGAUAUCAAGUGAAGACUAUGUCCGCAACGGCACCGACGUGCCUUCACCUUCUACUCAGAGCGAAAGUGAAUCCGAGGACGACCCUACUCCCCGUGCUUCCACGUUCAGCAGUGGUGUUAUCGCUCCCGCUUCCCCAAACGUUGGUGAUUCCCUCACUCUGACACAGCGCAGGCGCCUUCAGGCACUGUCGUUGAUAUUGCCUCCUCACGGUGUGCAGUUAAACGAGAUACCUGAUCAAGAGACCGACACAACGAGCGUAUCGUCUUACACACCGAUUGCACAACCCAUACCAAUGACUCCGAUGCAAAAUCCUGUCCCAAUCGUAUUGACGACUCCACCUUCUGAUACCACUCCAGUUGUAUUUUGUGGAGUUACAACUAGGAUGUCGCCAUCAUUAUCGAGGCCGCCCUCCUCCCAAGGUUCACUGAAUUCCGCUUAUUCUGGCGGAGGUCGCGCGAGGUCAACAUCAAGAGGCACAAGGUCACCACCCCCAUUGCUUCCCGGCCCGCCGCCAAGUGGGCCACUACCUGCCGUACCAGCUGUAGAGCCCUUAAAGUCGCCAGUACCGCAAGUAUUCCUAUCGAGUCCUGAAGUCUCGGUCCCAGUUUCGGCAUCCUCACCUAUGUCUUCCCAGCUUUCCUUAUUCCCUCCUGUCCCGCCGCUCCCGCCAGCGCUUAAAUCGAAACAAUCGAUAUUGGCCAUGCAACUCCCUUUACCAAACUCGGGCUCGAGUAGUACUGCUGUUACUAACAAACUUCAACCCCAAGGACAGGUGCAACAAACACAGGGACGGGCGCAAUCACCCCCUAGGUCGCCCUCGAAGCAAACACAGUUCCAGACCCAGUCGCCUCCCGGUGCACUUCGUCUUCCUUCAAGGAUGUGUGGAGGGGCAGUGUAUGACCCAGACGGUUUUGCACCAUCAAACUCAGGGCCUGGAUUACUUCCGAGCCCACCUGCAACCCCAACUAGGGCUAUUAAACGGGCCAGUGCACCUGGAUCGUCAUCCAAGAUGGGUCCCUGCAUGCCGUCGCAGUCGACGACGGAUACCCCUGGGUUGGCGCCUCCUCGCUCGCUGAGACGACCAACUAGUCUUGGCGUUGGAAUUCUCGAGGCAGCGUCUGUUGCUGCUGCUGUUGGAAAUACUACUGUAGAUGGCGAUUCUGCACAGGGAAAUGUGAGAAGAACGAAAAGUAUCCUACUGUUGGGAUCGAGGAGCAAGUUUGCAUUUCCGUUUGGCUCAGGCAGUUCUUGCACCAGUCGCAAUACUACGACAGGUGUCGGGAUGCAGAAGAGGGUGCAAAUACGCGCUGAGAGUGGGGAAUGGCCAAGAUGAAGCGGAGACGGACGGGAGGCAUGGCUAUGGUUGUGUGGGCGUUGGAAUAGGUGCAGUGAUUGGUGGAGAGAAGGAGGUGAAGGAAAAGGAUGCGAAUGCAGUAAAGAAGGGUAGAAGAAGGUCUGCUCUGGGAUUGAAG